CUAAACUUUAUAAUAUAAUAAUAAAGCAUGUAUAUAAAGUUUUUGCUCCUUUGUUUGUGUGUGUAACUUGGAGAGAGAGAGAUGGGUGAACAAACUUUGCAUCUUCCAUUAUUUGAGACAAAGGAAGCUAAAGGAAAAACUAUAUACAAGUUAUUUGCUUCAACAAUAUUUGUGGGUAUUUGUUUAAUAUGGUUAUACAGAUUAAUUAAUAUGCCAAGUAAAGGUGAAUCUGGUAGAUUGGCAUGGAUAUGUAUGUUCUUAGCUGAGCUUUGCUUUGGUUUCUACUGGAUUAUCACUCAGUCUGUUCGUUGGAAUGUUAUAUAUACUUAUCCUUAUAAGAACAGACUUUCACUCAGAUACGAGGAGAAUUUGCCAGACGUAGACAUAUUCGUUUGUACAGCAGAUCCAAUAAUGGAGCCUCCAACAAUGGUGAUCAACACAAUAUUAUCAGCCAUGUCAUAUAACUAUCCUACUCAAAAGUUGAGUGUUUACCUUUCUGAUGAUGGGGGUUCACAAUAUACAUUUUAUGCUCUUCUUGAAGCCUCUCAAUUCUCUAAAUAUUGGAUACCUUUCUGCAAGAGAUUCAAUGUGGAGCCUAGGUCCCCUGCUGCCUAUUUUCAACAUGAUGCCUCCAAUUUAAAUGACAAAGUUUUUGCACAAGAAUGGUUCAAUAUCAAGAAAUUAUAUGAAGAUAUGAAAAGCAGGAUUGAAGCCUCCAUAGAAAAUGGUAGCAUUCCCAAUGAAAUUAAGGCUCAGCACAAAGGGUUCUCAGAAUGGAACACUAAAGUUACAAAACAAGAUCACCACUCAAUUGUUCAGAUUUUAAUAGAUGGAAGAGAUCAUAACAUGGUCGACAUGGAUGGAAAUCGACUGCCAACGCUUGUCUAUAUGUCACGAGAGAAAAAACCAAAUUGGCCACAUAACUUCAAGGCUGGAUCAAUGAACUCAUUGAUACGAGUUUCGUCACAAAUAAGUAAUGCACCUAUCAUUCUUAACUUGGAUUGUGACAUGUACUCGAACGAUCCAGAUGCAAUAAGAGAAUCAUUGUGCUUCUUCAUGGAUGAAAAGCAAGGGUACAAGGUAGCCUAUGUUCAGUAUCCUCAACGUUACAAUAAUGCAACCAAAAAUGAUAUUUAUGGAAAUGUAGCUCGAGUUACUCAUGAGAUUGAACUUGCUGGUAUGGGAGGUUAUGGAGCAGCUUUGUACUGUGGCACAGGGUGUUUACACAGAAGGGAAAGUCUUUGUGGUCGAAUAUUCUCUGAGGAUCAAACUUUUGAAUGGAAUAACAAGCUGCAAGAAAAAUCCACCUAUAAAACUGUGGAAGAAUUAGAGGAAGCAUCAAAAGUUGUUGCAAAUUGUAGCUAUGAAGAGGGGACUCAAUGGGGAAAACAGAUGGGGCUGUUGUAUGGAUUUCCUGUGGAAGAUAUAAUCACAGGAUUAACAAUCCAAUGCAGAGGAUGGAAAUCAAUAUACUAUAAGCCAAGUAAACCUGCUUUUUUAGGUGUUGCUCCAACAAUCUUAGAUGUUGCUCUUGUUCAACAUAAGAGAUGGUCAGAAGGCAUGUUUCAGAUUUUCAUAUCCAAAUAUUGUCCCUUCAUAUAUGGCCAUGGCAAAAUCAAAUUGGGUGCCCAAAUGGGAUAUUGCAUUUACCUUCUUUGGGCCCCUCUAUCUGUUCCCACACUAACUUAUGUGUUGGUUACUUCUCUUUCUCUGCUUCAUGGCAUCUCCUUAUUUCCAGAGAUGUCAAGUCUAUGGUUCUUGCCUUUUGCGUAUGUUUUCAUCGCCAAGUUUGCAUAUUCCUUGGCUGAAUCCAUUAGCUGUGGUGACACACCUAAGUCAUGGUGGAACUUGCAAAGAAUGUUGUUGAUUCGAAGGACAACUUCAUACUUCUUCGCGUUCAUAGAUGCAGUGAUUAAGCAAUUAGGCUUCUCUCAGACAGCAUUUACCCUCACGACAAAGGUAGUAGAUGACAAUGUACAGAGGAGAUACGAGCAAGAGAUGAUGGAGUUUGGCAACUCAUCUGCUAUGUUCACAAUCACAGCCACACUUGCAUUGCUUAAUCUAGUUAGUUUCAUUUGGGGAAUGAAGAAACUUAUAAUGGCUGCAACACUACAAGAAGUGGGAAAUGUUGUGUCACAUGUGAUUCUAUGUGGAUUAAUAGUUAUAGUGAAUGUGCCAGUGUAUGAAGCACUCUUUCUCCGGAGUGAUAAGGGUAGUUUUCCAUCCUCCGUUCUGUUUAGGUCUGUCGUCCUAGUAUCAAUAGCAUGUAUGCUACCUAUCUUUUAGAUUGUAAUAGGACAUGACACUUGGGUUAAU